ACUUGAAAAACAACCUUUCAUUUUAAAUCAAUCAAUCAUGCCAUUCAUUAGUAAUAAUAAUGAUAAUUCGACGAUAAAAUCGUCACCAAGAAAUUUUCCACAAGGUUCAUAUCGUUCAUAUAAAAGUUUUUUAAAUCAAUAUUCCAAUAAACAACAACAGCAGCAGCAACAACAAGAACCACAAUCACCUAGACGUGUAUCGAUGCCGAUUGAACAAUCAUCAUCAUCGAAAUCGACAGUGAAAAAUAAUUUAUCGGUAAAAAAUAGAAUUUUUCAAUUUGAUCAACAACAGCAGCAGCAUCAAGAGCAAAAACGUUCAUAUUCGGUACCGAAUGAGCAGCAACAACAACAACAGCAACAGCAGCAAAUGAAAAAUAUUUUCGAUAUUGAAAAAUUACUAUCAAUGUCAUCGAAUGAAAUUGAAAUGCUUGAUAAAGAUGUUUUGGAACGUUUUCUUAGGCUACUAAUGUCUGAAGAACAGAAAUCAACAAAUUCAUCAUUGCCAAUCAAAAAUGAAAUUGAUGUGAACAAUAAUCAUCAUCAUAUGGUUGAUAACAAUAAUGAUAUGAAUACGAAUAAAACCGAUGAAGAUAUUGAUAAAUGUAAAAUGAAUCUGAUUCAAUCAUUGAAACAACAAUUAGAACGAUAUCGACAGAAAUGACCAACGUAACU